CAAAAAUCUCAGCAUGAUGUCCUUUCGCCCUCCGUGCUCGGUGGAAGGCGCGAUCGCCGAUCAUCGACCUGUCUUCUGUCUCUCAGCCUCCUCACGGAUACCUCGAAGGACCACCGCGAAUCAUCGAUACACGUCGUUGCUACCUGUCGAUCGCGUUCUCCACCGCGAUCCGCCCACUCACCUUCGCAACAAGGCGAGUCGACGACAAACCGAUCACCGACUCAACAAUCACAACGUGAACAGGCAAACUACUCGACGACGAGACAGCGCCCACUGCAGCGUCGCUACAUUCUCCGCUCGUCCUGAAUGCGCAGGACUACAGCUGCAACAACGAUACACCCGAUCCACACCUGAAUCCGCGACACUGGCGGACGCACAGCUCUUUCAGGGAUAACGGAAAUUCUUGCACUG